UCCGAAUAGAAAGGAAAGUGAAGAAGAGCCCAUGGCCAGACCCCGUCAAAUCUCUCUGUCUCUCUCUCUUAUUUCUCUCUCACUUGCUUUGCAUUAUUUUCUCCUCUCGAGAGAGGAUUAUUCGGUCACUUAUACUCCUCCAUCUCUCAAACCCCACAUUUUUUUUUUCAGUGUUUGGAGCGGGCUCCUGUCCUGGUAUUUUUGAUAUGCGAGCUUGAAUCUCCUGCCCUUUGUAGUCACAGACCAUGAGCGACCACAUGUCAGGACCUCUCGAUCGGUCCACAAGACCUGGCCUCGAUGGAGAGUCUGACGAUGAGAGGAAGACUAAGAUGGGGUGUUUGAAGAAGAAAGCAAUCAAUGCCUCCACAAAGUUCAGGCACUCCUUGACAAAGAAGGGUAGGAGAAACAGUAGAGUUAUGUCUGUUUCCAUUGAUGACGUCCAUGAUGCCGAGGAAUCACAGGCAGUCGAUGCAUUCCGUCAGGCACUUAUUUUGGAAGAAUUGCUUCCCUCAAGACAUGAUGAUUAUCAUAUGAUGCUGAGGUUUUUGAAGGCUAGGAAAUUUGAUCCUGAGAAAACAAAGCAAAUGUGGUCUGAUAUGCUUCAGUGGAGGAAGGAAUUCGGUGCUGACACGAUUUUGGCGGAUUUUGAAUUCCAAGAAAUUGAUGAAGUCCGGCAACAUUACCCUCAAGGCCAUCAUGGUGUAGAUAAGGAUGGAAGACCCGUUUACAUCGAGACGCUAGGCAAAGUUGACGCUGUCAAAUUGAUGCAAGCUACAACCAUGGAUCGCUAUGUUAAAUACCAUGUGCAGGAGUUCGAGAGGAACUUUGCCGUCAAGUUCCCAGCUUGUUCAAUUGCAGCGAAACGACAAAUUGACCAAAGCACAACAAUUCUGGAUGUACAAGGAGUGGGACUUAAAAACUUCAGUAAGGCUGCAAGGGACCUUAUCACACAUCUUCAGAAGAUUGAUGGUGACAAUUAUCCUGAGACCUUGUGCCGCAUGUUCAUCAUCAAUGCAGGCCCUGGGUUUAGAAUGCUGUGGAACACCGUAAAGUCUUUCCUUGAUCCAAAAACGGCUGCAAAGAUCAACGUUCUUGGGAACAAGUACCAGAGCAAGUUGCUUGAAGUAAUUGAUGCUAGUGAAUUGCCUGCAUUCUUGGGAGGUACUUGUGCAUGUGCAAAUGAAGGUGGUUGUAUGAAUUCUGAUAAAGGUCCUUGGAAGGAUCAGGACAUAUUGAAGAUGGUUCAAAAUGGCGAGGCAAAAUGUGUAAGGACAAUCACGACUAUUGAUGAGAAGAUGAUUUCCGAGGAUGAGGUAGUGCACUCAAAGGGCUGUGACUCAUUCAAAGGGGAGAAGAUUCUGGCACAUGGCAUGCAUUCUCAUUCACGCAAAAUCCAACGGGAUUACAUAGAGCAUCCACAAAUGUCUCCUGUUCGUGAGGAAGUUCCAAUUAGAAAUGCAGAAUCGCUUGGUUAUGCGUACGAUGAUUAUAUUCCAAUGGUUGAUAAGGUUGUGGAUGCAAGUUGGAAGAAACAAGUACAAGAUGAAAAGCUUCAAGCCAUCUGUAAAGGCAUGAUAUCUAUGCCAGAAACUUACAAGGCUUCAGAAGGGGCUUCAGAAGGGGCUAAGUUUGGUGGAGUCAUGGCCUUCGUCAUGGGCAUUGUCACUAUGUUGCGGGUAACGCGCAGCAUGCCAAAGAAGGAUUCUGCCAUGGAUUGUGCUUAUCCUGCUUAUUCUGUUGACAAGAUGAUUAAAGGCCAGACACUUCAUCACCAGUUCCCCAUCACGACAAUUUCCACCACUGAUUACGCCUCUGUUAUGAAGCGCCUCGGUGAGUUGGAAGAGAAGGUGACUGUUCUCAGCAUGCAACCUCAGAUGCCAAUUGAGAAGGAGGAAAUGUUGAAUGCUGCUGUAAGCCGUGUUGAUGCAUUGGAAGCAGAGCUGGAGUCAACAAAGAAGGUUUUGGAGGAAGCCCUUGCGCGACAGGAGGAAUUCCUUGCUUACCUCGAUAAGAAGAAGAAGAAGAAGACAAAGAUGAACCCAUUCUGCUGGUAAAGAGAGGAGCUGUAAAAGACAUUCCACUGCUAGUAAUUAAGCUGUGAAUUUGGUGCUGGAGCCUAUGGCGAUUUUCCGUCCUCCAAACCCAACUGAAUGUAAUUUGCCAUGUUUGAAUAACCAAACUAAUAUAGAGGGUUUUGGUUGAA